AUGCAGCCCAACUAUGCCCGCGGGUUCCCGCAAGGCGCCCAACGAUCUCCUGCCACGCCUCGUCGCGGACCUCCAGCACCAGGACCUGCGAUGCCUGUACCAAUGCCCCAGCACGCUGUUCCGCCCCAGUACAUCCCUCCUCAGCGCAACAUGCCGCACCCCAACGAUGCCGCGCUGCGUCGUAGUCGCAAGCCCACCGAUAAGAACAUUCCGGAUGGCAUCGAAGACGUGGUUGUUGGUGAAGGUGUACAACAAUACAAGAACCUGCGCGAUGUUGAAAAGCGGCUGGACGCCGCUAUCGUUCGGAAGAGGUUGGAUAUCCAGGACUCGAUCAGCAAGACCGUCAAGAAGUACCGGACGAUGCGCAUCUGGAUCUCCAAUACCGUAGAGAAUCAACCUUGGCAGGCUGGCGCGGGACAGAAUGGAACCGCUCCCGGGAGCAAUCCUGGCUCUGGGCGUUACAAAGUGAGGAUUGAGGGUAGACUCUUGGACGACAACGCCGACCCAUCUGCUUCCGAGGACAGCGAAGACGAAGGCGACAACGCGGAAGCGAAUGGCGAUGCUAUGGAGCAGGAUGGGCAGAACACGGAGAAGGGCAAGAAAGCUGCUUCCAAGCGGUCAAAGCAGCGAUUCUCGCAGUUCUUCAAGUCGAUUACCAUUGACUUUGACAAGUCUCCGUCUGCCAAUCCGGAGGAGACCAAGACGAUCAGCUGGGUCAAACCGCAGUUGCCGGCAAAUGCUGUCUCUCUUCCUCCAACUGCAGACUUUGAUUCCUUGAAUUUCUCUCGUGCGUCUCAGGAGAACCUGAACGUCACCAUCAGUCUAGUCCGCGACGAGGCUCCCGAACGCUAUAAGCUGAGCAAGGAGCUGGCCGAGGUCCUAGACGUCGAAGAAGAGACCCGAAGCGGUAUUGUCCUGGGUAUCUGGGAUUAUAUCCGGGCAAUGGGGCUACAAGAAGACGAGGAGAAGCGGCUGGUCCGUUGUGACCAUCGCCUACGAUCGAUCUUCGGCCGAGACCAAAUGUUCUUCCCUCAAAUCCCUGAAAACAUUGGCCCUCACACCAGCCCAUUAGGCCCCAUCAAGCUCCCGUACACCAUCCGUGUUGACGAAGAUUUCCAGAAGGAUCCCACCCCAACAGUCUACGACAUCCAGGUCGCCGUGGAAGACCCUCUCCGCGCCAAGAUGCUCGCUCUGACCCAGAACCCGCAAUAUACAGCGGGAUUGCGACAGAUUGCCGCCCUGGACGACCAAGUGGCGCUCAUUGUGCAGGCGCUGACCCACUCGAGAGCCAAGCACUCUUUCUUCACCGCUCUGAGCAAAGACCCUGCCACCUUCGUGCGCCGCUGGGUUAACUCGCAGCGCAGGGACUUGGAGACCAUUCUUGGCGAGGCGACUCGCGGCGGCGGCGAGGACGGUAGCGGACCGGAAUUCCGACGCGGAGGGGCCGAGAGCGUGUGGGAUACCACGGUGGCCAGGGAGGCUGUGCGAUAUAUGCUUGCUAAACCCGAGGCUGCGGCGGCGCGGUAA